AUGCUUGGCGGCGCCUUCGCAGGCCUGGCCCAGCUGCGCGUGCUCUACCUGGCGGGCAACCAGCUGGCGCGGCUGCUGGAUUUCACCUUCUUGCACCUGCCGCGACUGCAGGAGCUUCACCUGCAAGAAAACAGCAUUGAGCUGCUGGAGGACCAGGCUCUAGCGGGGCUGUCCUCCCUAGCACUGCUGGACCUCAGCAGGAACCAGCUGGGUACCAUCAGCCGAGAGGCGCUGCAGCCCCUGGCCAGUCUGCAAGUCCUGCGCCUCACAGAGAACCCAUGGCGCUGUGACUGCGCCCUGCACUGGCUGGGUGCCUGGAUCAAGGAGGGCGGCCAGCGGCUGCUCACCUCCAGGGACAGGAAGAUUAUGUGUGCAGAGCCCCCGCGCCUGGCGCUCCAGAGUCUCCUGGACGUAUCCCACAGCAGCCUCAUCUGCAUUCCGCCCUCUGUCCACGUGCAGCCGCUGGAGCUCACAGCCAACCUGGGUGAGGACCUGCGGGUUGCCUGCCAAGCCUCCGGCUACCCGCAGCCAUUGGUGACCUGGAGAAAGGUGCCCCAGCCUCGCGAGGGCCGGCCGCAAGCCCAGGCCCAGCUAGAAGGCGGGGCGCCGGGCCUGGGCGGACACUCGGCAUCCGACACGGGCAGCGGCAUGCUCUUCCUCAGCAACAUCACGCUGGCCCAUGCCGGCAAGUACGAGUGCGAGGCCUCCAAUGCUGGUGGCGCUGCCCGCGUGCCCUUCCGACUCCUGGUCAACGCGUCCCGACAGCAGCCGCAGCAGCCCGCGCAACCGCCACCUCCGGGCGCCCGCCCCGCUGGUCGCGAGCCCCGGCCCGAGGCGGGAAGCAUGGCCUUCCGCGCCCUGGGCCUGGCCACGCAGACGGCCAUUGCGGCGGCCAUCGCGCUGCUGGCGCUCACGGCGCUGCUCCUGGUCGCCAUGAUCUGUCGCCGGCGCCGCAGGCGAAAAAAGGCGCGGGGGCCACCGGGGGAGGGCGCGCUGUUCGUCAACGACUACUCGGACGGCCCCUGCACGUUCGCACAGCUAGAGGAGCUCCGCGACGAGCGCGGACACGAGAUGUUCGUUAUCAACCGCUCCAAGCCACUCUUCGCCGAGGGUCCGGCAGAGGCGCCAGCAGACUGCGGACCAGCAGAGGGGGCGGGGCCGGGACUCCGCGUGCCCCCGCCAGUCGCCUACGAGAUCCAUUGCUAGGGCGGCGGGCGCGGGCAGAUGACGUGGGCGCCGGGGAUUGGCCGGCGCGGCCGCGCACAUGCUCGGUCAGUAAAGGUGGAAGCCGCGCAGGGUGCGGUGA